AGCGUGGGGCCAGCGGUAGGCAGCCUUCCUUUCUCCUGGGAAAGGCAGACAGGGGUUUAAAAGGCCGGUGGCCGGUGCCCCAAGCGGUCCCGGCGCCAGGAGCGACCCUUCCCUUUCACCUCUGCCUAUUGGAGACCACUUAGAUAUUGAAGCGGACUGGACGGCUGGAUUCAGGAAGCCAUGAAUCAUGUCAUCAGAAACGAGCUGCAGACUUUAAACUCCGUUCAGCAUGUGGAAGCGGCAGAGAAAUGACCUGUCCAGACAAGCCGGGGCAGCUCAUAAACUGGUUUGUCUGCUCCCUCUGCGUCCCUCCAGUGUGUAAACUCUGGAGCAGCCGGCGUCCCAGGACCAGACGGAACCUCUUGCUGGGCACUGCCUGUGCCAUCUACCUGGGUUUCCUGGUGAGCCAGGUUGGCAGGGCCUCCUUCCAGCAUGGGCAGGACAUUGACAGAGGCCCACCCCACAGCCGUGACAUCUCCAAGGUAUCCUUCCCUGAGAUCCCCCUGGAUGGUACCCUGGCCCCUCCAGAUUCUCAGGGCAAUGGGAGCACACUGCAGCCCAACGUGGUGUACAUUACCCUACGCUCCAAGCGCAGCAAGCCUGCCAAUAUCCGUGGCACGGUGAAACCCAAGCGCAGGAAGAAGUAUGCCCUGGCAUCUCUAGCCCCUGGUCAGGAGGCACUGGUUAAACCAUCCUUUAUCCUGCAGGAAGUUGCACCGGCAGCAGACGCUGAAGUACCUGGCUAUGAUCAGGGCUCCCUGACUAAGGUUGGAGAACGACCCUGGAGGGUGUUGCGUGGUCCUGGCAUCAGAACUGGGGGUUCAAACUUGCGGCAGCCUAGGGCCCGAGAGAGCAACAUUAGGAUUUACAGUGAGAGCGCCCCCACAUGGCUGAGCAAAGAAGACAUCCGCAGAAUGCGCCUGCUGGCUGAUGGCGAGGUGACGAGCAUCCUCCCAGCAGUUUCUAAAAGUGGUGCCAGCUUGCUGGUGUUGGAAGGGAGCACCUCAGGCUCUGUGCCUGGCUGCGGGCCUAGCCCCUGUGGGCUACUCAAGCAGCCCCUGGACAUGAGUGAAGUGUUUGCCUUCCACCUGGACAGGAUUUUGGGUCUCAAUAGGACCCUGCCAUCUGUGAGUAGGAAACCGGAGUUCAUCCAAGAUAGCCGCCCUCGCCCUUUCAUUUUCUGGGACUCAUCUCUAGCAUCAGCGAGCAAUGAUAGCCAUUCUUCUGUUAAGAUCACCUGGGGAACUUAUCAGCAGUUGCUAAAACAGAAGUGCUGGCUGAAUGGCCGGGUUCCCAGACCUGAGUGGGGCUGCUCUGAAGUCCAUCACCACGAGUGGUCCAAAAUGGCUCUCUUCGAUUUUUUGUUACAGAUUUAUAAUCGCUUAGAUACAAAUUGCUGUGGAUUCAGACCUCGCAAGGAGGAUGCCUGUGUGCAGAACGGACUGAGGCCAAACUGUGAGCACCAGAAUUCUGUGACUUUAGCACACAUUGUCCAGCGAAAGAGUGACCCAAGGCAUUUGGUCUUCAUAAACAACAAGGGCUUCUUUGACAGAAGCGAAGACAACUUAAACUUCAAACUGCUCGAAGGCAUCCGAGAGUUUCCAGACUCUGCCGUUUCUGUGUUGAAGAGCCAGCACUUGCGCCAGAAGCUCCUUCAGUCUCUCUUCCUUGACAAGGUUUACUGGGAGAGUCAAGGAGGCAGGCCAGGCAUCGAGAAGCUCAUUGACGUGGUGGAACAGAGAGCCAGAAUCCUUGUCACCUACAUCAAUGCGCAUGGCGUCAAAGUACUGCCUAUGAACGAGUGACGAAGGGCCUUGUGCCUCCAGGGCUGCACAUGUGUGACUUUUGGGUUUUCUUAAAUACAGCACAUCAACCAUAAGUGUUUCUAGGAGGGAGGCUGCGUAGCUGAAUGUAUAAAACUGACCCAGUAUAUAUCAUAAACCCAGUUUAAAAAAAAGUUUGCAGAGUUGAAAGAUAUGCAUAUUCAAGGAGUAUGGGAAUAGCAUAUUGCUUGCAAAAUGCCUGAUAGUAUUUUUUUUGCCUAACACUCUGGCAUGUGUGUCUCAGCCUUGUUAUUACACAACAGCCCCAAUUAUUAUUCCCACUAAUAUUUAAACCAUUGUCAUUGCCAUUUGAUGGAGCAAUAUCAACCAGAGGCACUGACUCUUCUCGUAAACCAUUCUCAUGCCGUUUGACCAAUCUGACCAGCUCCCAGCAGAGAGUUUAUUGACGUUAUCCUGAUGAUGAUAUUACAACCAUUUCCCUAACCCUAUCCAGAAGCAAUUUUACAUCGGGAAACUGGAACACGUGGGCUGUGAAAGCAGCAGAGUCUUGAAACACCUUAUAAGCAGACAUGGUAGUAGAUUCAUUUGGAAAACAGCAGUGUAUUUUCCUAGAGUCCAUAAACAAUCAGUUCUCUCUGAUCAACUAAAAUCUCACACCCAUUCCUUUUAAGAAAUCAACCAUCACCAUAGAAAUAUCUGUAUGUAACAAUGGCUAUAUUAGUUCACUUUACUCUCUUAAUUUUGAUUCAAUUUAUGUCUGGAGUUUAGAAAACUAAACCGCUAUAAGGCAUGAUGUUACCUACUUGAAAACUUAUUUUGUGGCAUCUCUUAAUGUUCUUAUACGUUGGUUGGUUGGUUGGUUUUUUGCAAAAAUGAUUAUAAUGUCUCAUGUAGUCCAGGCUGACUUUGAACUCCUUAUACAUCUGAGGAUGCCCUUGAUCUUCUGGUGCUCCAUCCCCCAAGUGUUAGGAUUAUAGAUGUGUGCCACCAUGCCCAGCAGUGCCUGCUCUCAGACUCAGAGCUUCGUUCAUGCUAGAUAGGUGCUGUGUGAUUAAGCCCAUGACCCCAGGGCUUGUUUGUUUGAUUUUAGUUUUGCAAGACAAGGUUUCUCUGUGUGUAGCCCUGGCUGUCCUGGAACUCCCUCUAUAGACCAGGCUGGCCUCGAACUCACAGAGAUCUGCCUGCCUCUGCCUCCCGAGUGCUGGGAUUAAAGGCAUGUGCCACCAGCGCCUGGCUCCCAGCCCUCUUUUAAUGACUGUUUGUUUAGUAAAUUGCCAUUUAUAAAGGAUAUGCUGUAAUUUCUGCAGUUUUUUUUAAUCAUAGAAGACUUCUUUUGUAUAAUUAGGUUUCAUCUGAUUUAAUUGUUGUUAUCUAGGAAUUGAUGAUAAGUCCACAUAUUAAAUAUAUUAUGUCGAUCAAUUCAAUAUGAGAAAUCUCAGUGAAACCCAACCUGCGUGACUGGAUCUUUUCAAGACAAGCACACAACUAGAGAACAUGGGGCAACAAAUUGGCAAAAUUAAGCCUCAAACAAUUCUCCUCCGAAUCCCUCUACCAGCUUUUUAGUUUGGUUGGGAUGACUGAGGUGUACAGUGUGGUUCAUGCUCUGAAUUGUUCUGUCCUUGGGGAAUAUGCAAUGUUGUCACAUUUUCUACUUAUAAGGAGGCUCUGAAUCCAGAACCAAUUAUUUCUCUCACUUUUAGCUCUCCUGCCCCUUAUUUAAAAGCUGGUUGAUUAACCUGAGGUGGUGAUGCAUACCUGAAUUCCUAGAACCCGGGUAGCUGAGGAAGGAGGAUUGCAACUCUGAAGACAGUCUGGUCUGCAUAGUGACAUCCUGUCUGAAAUGUAUCCUUCCCUUCACAAACGCUGACUUUUUCUUUCUUUGGAAGUUUAAAAAUAAAACGUUACAAUUUUUUU